AUCUUUGGCAAUUGAUUGUACUAUUUUUGUGAUUGUAUUUUUUUGAAAGUGAGAUGGAAAACAGUAGCGUACAACCCUCGCGUUGUAGGAAAUUCUCAGCCGUAUGAGAAUGACUGUGACUGUGCAGCAGGGAAGGAGCUUGUUUCACGAUGUGUUGUGCUGUGCUUUAAUUUCGUGUGGUUAGUUUUAAGCUAUGGCUUCAGAUGAAGCAGACAGUUAUCCGUUACAUGAAUGUGUGUUCCGCGGAGAUGUUAGGAAAUUGUCGGCGCUCUUACGGACCCAUGAUCUGGCAAAAAAGGAUAAACAUGGAAAUACUCCACUCCAUUUGGCAGUGAUGCUGGGCAGAAAAGAAUGUGUUCAUUUGCUUCUUGCACAUGGGGCGCCAGUUAAGGUGAAAAAUAUUGCAGGAUGGAGCCCUUUGGCUGAAGCAAUUAGCUAUGGUGAUAGACAGACAAUCUCCUCACUAGUGCGGAAGUUGAAGCAGCAGGCUCGAGAACAAAUGGAAGAGCGAAGACCUUCUUUAGUAGCAGCGCUGAAUCAGAUGGGCGAUUUUUAUAUGGAACUGAAAUGGGAUUUCCAGAGUUGGGUGCCAUUGGUGUCUAGAAUUCUUCCAUCUGAUAUAUGCCGUAUUCAUAAACGUGGUUCCUCAAUACGCUUGGAUACAACUCUUGUGGAUUUUAAUGACAUGCGGUGGGAGAGAGGUGACAUUAGCUUUAUCUUCAAUGGAGACAGGAAACCUGGACAAUCGCUGACAGUUUUAGAUAACAAGCAAUGCCUAUAUCAGCGAGUGAGGUAUGAGGAAACAGAAGUUGAAAUAGAGGAUGAAGUUGAUAUUUUGAUGAGUAGUGACAUUAUGGCUGCUCAGAUGUCAACAAAAUCUAUCACUUUUUCACGUGCACAAACGGGUUGGAUAUUUCGAGAAGACAGGAAGGAAAUGGUCGGGCCUUUCCAUGCAGAUUUUUAUGUAAUCAAUGGAAUGUUACUUGAAUCAAGGAAGAGGAGAGAACAUCUGUCAGAAGAAGAUCUGCAAAAAAAUAAGGCAAUCAUGGAAAGCCUGACAAAAGGCAGCACGCAAGGGUUUGACAGUAAUGGAGAGCCAGUUAGAAGACCAUCACUGUCACCUCCACCUGAGAGCAAAGUUACCUGGGAAGAAUACGUUAACAGUGAUGUUGGUGCUCAUCCCACAUUAGGAAGGGAAAUGGUGUAUAAAGAAACGAGCAAAGCAUUCAAGGCCACAGUGGCAAUGAGUCCAGAUUUCCCAUUAUCAGUGGAAAUGCUUUUAAAUGUACUGGAAGUUAUUGCACCUUUUAAACAUUUUAGUAAACUUCGUGAAUUUGUUUUAAUGAAACUUCCACCCGGAUUUCCUGUUAAAAUAGAUAUUCCAAUUCUUCCAACAGUUACAGCCAAGAUAACAUUCCAGGAAUUUGCAUUUAGGAAUGACAUCAAAGCAGAACUUUUCGAAAUACCUUCUCACUAUGUAGAAGAUCCUACAAGAUUUCCAGAAUUAUGACACCUCGACCAAAUAAUGUUAAUUGAAAUAAAUUACCGAAAUCCUUUGGUUAACAACAACACCAACAAACCUAAUCAUCAUAACAGUGCUAUGCCCACUGCAGAAAUCCUAAUAAAGGCACAU